AUGAAUAAUCAACAUCUAUCAAAUCAAUACAAUCUUUGGAAUGGUAGGACAAAUGAUUCACUGCUAAUAGGAAACACGUCCGAAUCAACAUUAAGGAAUCGAGUUGCGGACUCACCUCUUGUUCAAUCUACUCCAGUAUCAAGACCAAAACCACAAUCUUCUCUUGGCCCACCUCCUAAAACAUAUUAUUUAUCUCCUUUGGAACGUAAACUUAUAGCAGAAAGGGAGUUGCCUGAAAAUAAGUACCAUUAUGCUUAUUAUUAUUCAAUACAAAUCAUCACUUCAAAUACCUCUGCAUUCCAGUCAACUUCUGCAUUCCAACCUUCUUCCGGAUUUCCAUCAUCUUCCGUAUUUCAAUCAACAACACCUUCAUCUACUGAUAGAUUUACUACAAAUAUUGGCACAUCAUCACCAUCAUCUCUGUCCCUACAAUCACCUUUCUCAAGUUCUACUGUUGCAUCAGUCAGUCCUAUUUCACCAUCUUCUAUGAAUAAUGACCCAAAUUUUACUCCUAAUGCUUGGUAUCAUGAUGGUACACCAGUUCCUGUUCGUGUGCCAAGAUCAAAUUAUCGUAUAGCAACAUAUGUCACACCAACCAAGUUUAGUGAGAGAUUGGUGAGUGUUGAUGGAAUCAUACCUGCAUUAUUACCACCAGACCCAGAUCCAGACGAAGGAAUUGAAUUUUAA